CCUCGGCCCGGGCGGGCCACGCCCACUUGGUCACGGCUACGGCCCUUGACACUUCGUGUGGGGAUUGUUGCGUCUCAUAACUGGACUCAGAAAAGGACUCCCUGCUCAGCUGGCUCUCAGUUUCUCUACUCAUCUCCAGAAAAACGACGUUGUCCUCCGUGCGGCGCAUGGCGCCUCCCCGCCGCUCCGCGCGUCCCUUUUGUUCUCUGAACUUCCUAGGAAUACUUCUGCUGGCUCUUUCCACGUUCUCUGAUGCCUGCGAGGAGCCACCACAGUUUCUAACUAUGGAUAUUGUUCAGAGAAUUAAACCCGAAUAUAACAUUGGGGAAGAAGUAACUUAUACUUGUGCAAAAGGCUAUUUUUAUGUGUGUGGUAAACGUCCCACCCGUACUGUUUGUGCUCAGAAUAAUUCAUGGUUACAUGUCACAGAUGACUGUUGUUUUAGGCUAUCAUGUCGACCCUUACAGAAUCCUACUUAUGGCCAAGUAAAGUACCUAAAUGGAUCUUUUGGAUGGGGUUUUUCAGCGCAUUUUACUUGUAAUUCUGGGUUUUACCUAGUUGGUGAAUCAAUUCUACACUGUGAACUUAAAGAGAAAGAUGCAUAUUGGAGUGGUAAAGCCCCAGUAUGUGAAAAAAUUAAGUGCAAACCACCUCCGAAAAUAAAAAAUGGAAAGCACACCUUUGCUAAUGUACAAGUAUUUGACUAUUAUGCAACAGUAACUUAUAGUUGUGAUCCUUCAAAUGGACCAGAUGAAUAUUCCCUGGUUGGACCAGAUAAGAUUUACUGUGUCAACAAUAAUAAAUGGAGUGAUGAUGCUCCUGAGUGUAAAGUGGUCAAAUGUCCAUAUCCAACAGUCAAAAAUGGAAAACAGAUAUCAGGAAUGGCAAAAAAAUUUUACUACAAAGCAACAGUUAUAUUCGAAUGCAAAUCAGGUCAUUACCUUCAUGGCAGUGACACAAGUGUCUGUCAGAGUAAUAAUACUUGGUACCCUCCACUUCCAACAUGUCCUAAAGUGCUGCCUCCUCCCAGUACAACUUUGAGUCAUUCAGUGUCGACUCCUCCCAGUACAAUACCUCCGAUUUCCAGUGUCUCAGGAUAUCCCAAUCCAAAAGAAGGAUUUUUUGACAUUGGCGAGGAUUUGGGUCCCUGGGUCAUCGUUCUAAUUAUUGUUACUCUGCUUGUUGGAGUUGCAGUAAUCUGCAUCGGCCUGUAUAGAUGUUUUGAAAGGAGGAAGAAGAAAGGCACAUACGUAACUGGUGAGAGCUACAAAGAAGUAAAUUUUACUUCUCUCUGAGAAGAAGAGAUGAGAGAAAGGUUUGCUUUUAUCAUUACGAGGAACAGAGAGGUUAGAGCUGACUAUGUCACUUACCAGCAUAAGUCAACCACUCCAGCAAAGCAGACAAACUGAACAGUUCCCACAACCUGCUUUACCAGUUUAUCUUUUGAUUCUGUUAAAAUCUUCAGUUGUACAAUAGCUGCUCUUUAAUUUCACUCUCAGGAGUGCAUCUGUAAAGUCAUAAUGUUGUAUCUUUAUGUCACUUGAGUGUGGUCACCAUCCUCUGAUGCUUCCUUUGAAUUUGGAUGUGAACAUAUUGCCUGUUUUCCCUUCAAUAAUAUUUCUAUUUAUGGAGCAAAUCAACAUAGCUUCCUUGGUAGUAUUAAGGUAGGAAAAUGAUUUAUAAAACUGGAAAAUUUAAAGAAAUAUAGACCAAAAUGAAAUUACAUACUCAAUGAUCUUGAGAAAUUAAAAAAAAACAAAUGUCAUUUUAUUUUUGUUAAGAAGUUAAUUUUAACAUCUUUUUUUAUUCAAAGAUUCAUUCCAAUGCUUACGAUUCAUUCUUUCUACAAUUCUAACAUUGCAUAUAUUGUUCAUUAUAAAAAGCCUUUACAAAUGUAUCUGUACUACUGUGGCUCUUAUCUGUUAAAAACAGGAACACUAUAAUAUUGGGAAUAUGGACAGAUUUGAUUUCCUUAGCUAAGAAUAUUGUUGGAAAAUUAUCUAAAAGUUAAUAGGAUAAAAGUUAGGUUGUUUUUUGUUUGGUAACAUCUUUGGUGAUUUAAAGAAACAAGAAUGUUUAUGUAUGGCAUUUAUUGUCACCUUUUCUUACCCAUCAAUCAACCCUUAAGAAAGGGUUGAUUUCAGAAUCAGUUGCGUCCUUUCAUUUGAAGUUAGAAGACUGACAUCCACAACAAGAAUGUUGGUUUGUGAUGCAAAGUGAACGCUGUGACCCUGUGGUCAUCUUUCACUAAUGAAGUCAAAGAGAGCUUUUACUUUAAACAUGCUCUCUUAAAAGUAAGUGGUUUUGUAAAGACAAUCUCAAGUUGGGUCAGGAUCUUAGUCCAUUUACAUUGUGCUUGCUAUCAGGAGCAUCUUCUCUAUGUAUGCACCUUACCUCAUCUCCUAAAAAGGAGAGUAAAAAUUACUUCAUACAUAGUAGAGAAGGACACUUCACUUUUGUCUAUUUGCUUUUGGUCGUAUUUAGGGACAAAAAACUAACCAUUGCUCAGGGAGCAUGUCAUGCUCAGGGAGAAUAGAUCUUGGUCAUCUACUGAACCCCCAACUUUGGCACAGUCCCUUUCAAAGAAGCCAGUGGGCAAAGAGAAGGGGCAACCAUUCCAGUUCAAAUGUUGUUUUAAGUUGUGUUUUGAACUUUUGUGUUUGGAAUCUAGCUCAAGUUGGGCCAAAGAAAUCUUGCCUUGAGAAGACUGACUGGGGAAGCAAGUGUGGAUCCAAAUAUUGUUUUACUGUAUGAAGACAUGUUUAUAGUCUUCCCUUUGUAAUCUCCUGCGAGAUGAGAUGCCUUAGGAGGGUAAAAGUUGGAGGAAACAUAAAUAGGAAUUCGAAAAGCAUAGAGUUCAAGUUUAACUAUACCCAUUUUCAGUUUUCAAGAAUAUAGCAAUCGCAUUAGAGGCAAGGAAUGGCUAUGCUUUUUUUUUAUAAACUUAAUUGUAUUUUCAACUAAAUUAUUGCUUACAGUAAGUAUACUUUUAUAGCAGUUUCUGCUUCAAAUUUAAUUUUUAUAUUUGAGAUUUCUAUAUGUAUAUAUAUUUUUGUCUAAUAAUUUGUGAAUCACUUAAAUAUAUGGAGAGGUCUGUUUUCUUUAGAACUUUGUAUAAAUGAUAGGAAGAAGCAUAUUUGAAUUUUAAGAAAAAUGUAUUUGUGAUAAAAUGAGAAAUCUCAUGUACAGAGGUUCUUUAUUGCUCAUUUUUUCGGAAAACUGGCUCUUGAAAUAUGUUAAAAUAAAAUUGUACAUUUGGAGAAGCUUGAUUUAUGAUGAUGUGUUUAUUUCUGGUGUGUUCUGUCUCAAAUCAGUGUGUGUUUCUAAUUGGGGCCUGUCUUCU